CAACUUCAUGUCAUUUGUUGAUGCGUCAACUGACAGAUUUUCGUUAAAAUGUGUAUUUAACGACAGAAAUUAAAUGAUGCAAAACAUUAAUUGUUGUUAUAAUGUUGUUUAAUAUCUUGGAAAUUUGCGGAUUGACAACAUAACCCAACCUCACCUUUUAUGACCUCACGGUAAACAAGAACAUUUUUGCAGAUCCCCAACAGUAAUAAUUAAGUUCUUAUUAAUUUAUUCAUGAUAUAGUAGAACAUGGAUCCUCAUUUAGUCAACGAAGUAAUCGAAAUUGAAGACGAUGUUAUUAACUUGGACGACGUUGAGAAUACUCCAGAAGAGAUAAUAUAUGAAUGGGACGCCAAAAUUCGCAAAAAAUUAACUAUGUUUAGUGUGGUUGAUAACGAAAUUGUGUUGGGAGAUUUAAUGAAGGAAUAUUUGCAAUCAUUUCAAGAAAUGGUUAAUAGUUAUGAAGAGUAUGAAAUCUUGAAGAAUAAAGUGUUUCAUCACAUUAGUUGUCUGUAUUUGUACUAUGUUGAAAUACAGUGUUGUAGUCCAGACAAUUAUUUAAGCAACAUGGAGGACAUUUUAACUUUAUACUGUAAUUUGGAGCUUGCAAUAAUUCGUCCGUUAAAGAAAAAAGAACGACAAAUAGAGUCUGUCGCUAAGAAAAUCAUACACAUGUUGACAGUGUAUCUUCUUGAGCGACUGGAUCACAUUUUACACGUGUUAAUUAAAAUGAAUACCACCAACCUUUCAAAAACUUGCUCAGGAGUAUUAAAUAUUCUCUACAAGCAUUUUCUUAUCAAAGUACCUGCGUUAAAUUUGUGUGAUGAGUCGUUCUGUAGAAAUUACAUAGUUUUUCAAAAAUGGAAAAAAAUUCAGAAAAUUGAAGAAUGGAAACAUAUGGAUGACCUUUUGUAUAAAAGGUUUAAACGGACUCCUGAAUCGAUAAAAAAUAACGAAACGCUUAGACAAAUAUUAAUGCCAGCUUCUGAAUCAACUGUUGAGAUAGUUUUAAAUCUAUUUCGCUCGUUUCGGGAUGUAUCAGAUGCGUAUUUUGAACACGUUACGGCAAAGAAAAAUCUGGAUAUGGCCGAUAUAGACUUCAAUAUUGAUCUAGGCGAGGAUGAACCGACAAUACCAGUCCAUGAUGAAAAUGAGGAAGAAGUUAAAUUUUUAAAGGCGUAUUAUGAAAUUGAAAGAAAUAUGUCUAGCUUAUCGCAUUUGAUAAAUUCCUCAGAUAUGGAGGAAGUCGAUAUCUUUAGGAAAUGUAAGAAGGAAUUUGACGAGGAUGACGAUGUGCAAUUUCUCGGCAUUACGAUGUUGCCACAAGGGCCAAUACAUCAGAUUGAUAAUGACAUUCCUAGGAUUGGUAAUACUAAUAGUGACGCCACUCCACUAGUCCAAAUCGAAGAAGAAAGAUCCUCAAUUGCUACUCCGCCGUCACUCCUGGAGCCGGUGAUAGAAAAGACUCUUGAGACUUCUACUUUGGAAAACUUGAAUGGAAUCAUGUCAAUUUGUGUUGGAUCUCCUCGAACCGUCUCUGAAUCGUCAAUUUCUUGCCAGCCUAGUGACAUUGCCGAAGCUCCAACGGAACCUUCAACUCCAGUUCUACCUUUAAUCAAAGAAGUGAUUAGUGCAAGUGAAAUUCCACCAGAAACAAAUCAACCUGAAGUGUCCUUGAUUUCGAACGAUACACAUAUUUCAAGUCCUUCUAGUCCACAGAUAAGUGAUCAAGUUUGUGAAAAUAACACUCAAAGGACGGUCGAAAUGAAAAGUGUUGAAGUCCAAGCUGAUAUUAUGAGUAAUUCCGUGUAUAACGACUAUGGACUGACGACGCCACCUUUUGAUGUACCUCUGGAUGAGCAACGAGCAGUCGAACCUCGUCUAUAUGCAGAUAUCGGACAGAAAAAGAACAGUGAAAACGUUUUUGAGAAAAUAGCGGUGACAACAAGGACAAUCGACGUGCAGGUGGAUCCCCCAAGUAUCGAGAGUUGUUCGUAUAACGAUUACGGUUUGACGCCUCCAAACGACACACACUUGGAUGACCACGCAACGAGAUUACAGAAAACUUGUUUGUAUGCGAAUAUACGACAAGAUGACAAAGAUCUGGACGAGGACAAACUCGUCGAAGAAGAUGUUCGUGAAAGUGAGACUGAAGUUGAUAAUACUAAGCAGGUGGGCGGUGAAAUUUGCGGUCCAAGUGAAGAAAAUCUUGAUUCCGAAUUUGAAGAUUUUGAAAACCAGUUAGACAUGGCCGAAAUUCCGAAUAUAAAUACGGAGGAAAUCGAUAUAAAUGACCUGCAAGUGGAUAACAGUCAUGUUGAACCUCAUUUGAAGAUUCGGGUAAACCCCGAUCUCCAAAUCCCUGAAUAUAGCGGUUCCAAAAACAACGAUCAGAUCGACACGGGCCAAGAAAUUAUCCCAGAUACAGCCCCAAACAUCGUUCCAGUGAUUGCAGAAAAUUUCAAAGGAACUGAAACUUUUAAUGGCAAUACCGUUUUGAAACCUCUCCUAUCCUCCAACCGAACAAACGGCCAGACAAAGGAUGUUCCAACACCAUCGAAAAUCGUUUAUACUUCAUCGCAGAAACUCCGAGCGGCUCCGCUGGAUGACUUUUCUCGGUUUGAAGCCGCAAUACACGUCCGGUGGAGCAAAAUGAAGGAGAAUCACGACUUUGAGGACAUUCUCUCGGGCCCCGUCACCAAGGCGGUGCCUACGAAGCACCCCGUACUGGGAGUUCAAGACAAGUUGGACUUUUUCCAGGAUUCUGUGCCCAAACAGGUCGCGAGUGCGAGUAGUCGGUCGAAUAGUCCAACGGAAAUGACUUCGCCGCCUUACGAAGCCAUCGACGAUUUUCGUGGCUACUACAGUGCUAGUGUGAAUGGGCACGUUCGACCGCCUCCAGCUGAACCCAAAGUUCUUAAAAGCAUCCUCAAGAAGACCUCUUCGAGACGGCCGGUUCCUGGCGUUUUAGCGCCGAAACGGGUGCGAAGGGACCCUAAACUGAACAUGAUACCGAAGGUGGCGGUUGAGCGUUUGUCCUUUAUCGAAAACAAAAUCAAGAAAGCGGUUAAUAUUACGGGCACGUUGAGGGUAGACUACGAUAAGACGACGCCUCACAUCAAUGAGAAGGAUGUCGUACGUUGUAUUUCCCCACCUAGGUUUUCAUGGAUUGUCGAUGAUAAACUCAGUAAUACAGGUAUAGUAGAGUCGCCAGUUGAUGUGUACUGCAAGAAAGUUUCCUCGAAAUGUGAGAAAAAUCAGUCCUCGUGUUGCAACCAGUUAGCUGAAGAAUUUACCAAGUUGAAUUGCAACGUUGAAGACAAUGCGUUGAAUUUGACUAUUCCUAAUAUCCUACCUCCUGUCGACCCUGAAUCCGAAUUCUCCAAUUCCCCAACUUUAUUGCAAGGCAAGGACGAGUUGCUGCAACACUGUCUCGAGGAAACUUCAAUAGAAACACCAGAAAUGGUCAACCCGAAAUCGUUACUUUGUGAUAAUUCAAAUUUUUAUACCUCUCACUCUAUUAAUAAUAAUAAAUGCGAUUUAAAAAAUACAGAGUCAGAGUUAAAAAAAGAAUCGCUAGAUGAGACUAUAAAAUUACCAACAGCUGUUCCUGAAUCUUACGAUUUUGAUAAAACUUUUAAAAACGAGGUCUUUUUAAAAAUUGAUUGGCAAAAUUUAAAUGAUUCGGACGGCGAGACGCGGUUACCUCUCAAGAAACGGAAGCUUUCGGUGGCAGAGAAGAAUGAAGAAGAGAAGAAAGAAGAGAUCAGUUAUCCGGCGACGCCCAUGAUUAGCAUUGCGGAAUUGGAAGCGUUGCAUCCAAGAAAGUUACCAGCUAAUAACACACGACCGUUUAAAACACCAGCUGAACGAAAAGAAAUGCCGCCUUUGCCUGUUUUUUGUAAUGUAGAUUCUGAUACUAGUCCGAUCGUUACAGGCCAAUUUAAUAUCAAUAAUCACACUUAUCACAAUCCUACUAUUAAUUAUCACAUGAAUAAUGUGCCUGUACCUUUUAUUAAUGUACCUUGCGGGUCGUACUAUUCUUUACCUCCUAUUUUAGUACCUUUUAAUAAUGUCUCGAAUUUUGAACAAGCCAAAGUAAAUCAGCAGCAACAGGAAACCAACGUGAAGAAAGCAAACAGGAAGCAAGGAAGACAAAGAAGACGUCAUUAAGUUUCAUUCCAAUUGAGUCAAUUUUUAUUUUUCAAUUCAGUAUUUACUAAUCUAGUAAUUUUUUCCACACUGGCUGUGAAGUAAUCUCUUAUUUAUUAAUUUGUUGAGCAUUUAAAUUUUUUAUUUAUGGAAGAAUGAUCAAGAGAAGAUUUUUUAUUUUAUAAUUUAAUAUAAAGUAAAUUGCAUGUGAUUUUUAUGCCAAUAAUUCUUCGUCGAUGGAUGAACUCCAACUUCAUUGAUGGACACUUCGUACUUAUAAAUAUAACAUCUCAAGCUACGUACCUACGAGUUAAUAAACUGUUUUUUUUUUAUGUUUUAAGGUUCGAUGACAGUGAAAAUUCGUGAACAUGUAGAGAAGAAACCAAAGAAACGGAAAGCUGAAAACCAAAUUAAUAGCAAAGCCGAUACUGACAUUCGAAAAAGAGGACGGCCAAGAAAAAACACGCAACCGACAAAGAAGUAACAAGGGU